AACCACAUGGACCAGAUAAUGCAGUUUGUAGAGCCUAGCCGGCAGUUCGUGAAGGACUCCAUAAGGCUCGUGAAGAGGUGUACCAAGCCAGAUAGAAAAGAAUUCCAGAAGAUAGCCAUGGCUACGGCAAUUGGUUUCGCAAUUAUGGGAUUCAUCGGAUUUUUCGUCAAACUCAUUCACAUCCCCAUCAACAACAUCAUUGUUGGCGGCUGAAUCUCAAUCCCGAUGCCCGACGGACACUACGCAAACCCGAUCCGAAUGGACUGAUGUGCUUUGUGAUUUUUAACAUGCAUUGUACAUUUUGUAUUUGACUGUGUUUAUAAAUAAAAGGCUGAAUGAAUGGAGCAAA